GAUCAACAUAGGGUUCCUCCACCCCUCCCAAUGCACUCACCCCCAACAUUGUAGCCUCCUCCUCCCUCUCUCCCUCCCUAUAUAACCACCACCCCACACCACUCAACCCAACCCAUAAUACCAUAAUUGAGAAGAGAAGCUUAAGUAAAAAAAUUUAUUAGAAAAAAGAAAAAAAAAAAAGAAGACAAUCCAAAGAAGCUUAUAUAUCCAUCUAUAACCUCAUAAACAUACAGACACAUACAUUGGAUAUGGAUCCAUUAUCACCACCACCACCACCACCAGCAACAGCAGCAGCAGCAGCAGCAGGAGAAGGAGCAGGUUGUUGUGAUCUGAAGCUGCUGGGGUCGUGGGCGAGCUCGUACACGCACCGCGUCCAGCUGGCGCUCAAGCUGAAGGGGCUGGAGUUCGAGUACGCCGAGGAGGACCUCUCCAACAAGUCCCCCGCCCUCCUCCAAAGCAACCCCGUCUACCAGAAAGUCCCCGUCCUCCUCCACUCCCCUCGCGGCGCCGUCACCGAGUCCCUCGUCAUCCUCCACUACCUCGACGACGCCUUCCCCGCCCUCCGCCCCCUCCUCCCCUCCGACCCCUUCGACCGUGCCCUCGCCCGCUUCUGGUGCCACUUCGCAGACGAUAAGCUCGGGCCGGCAGUCGGGGCGGUGUUUGCGUCGUCGGGGGAAGCCCAGAAGGCGGCGGUGGCGCAAGUCCACGAGAACCUCAAGCUGAUCGAGAACGAGCUCCGCGAGGGGGCCUUCAAGGGGAAGAGGUUCUUCGGCGGCGACGGCAUCGGGAUCCUCGACAUCGUGCUCGGCUGCGGAUCCUACUGGCUGGCCGUCUUCGAGGAGGUGACCGAGGCGAAGCUCGUCGACCCCGACGCCUUCCCCCUCUUCUACGCCUGGCUCAAGGAUUUCGAGGCUCAGGAAGAGGUCAAGGAUACGAUCCCCGCGAUUGACCGGUUGCUCGAGUACGCGCGCGGGCUCCGACAAAUGAUUCUGAGUCACACUACGACUGCCACCGCUGCUGCUGCUGCUGCUACCACCGCCGCUGCCACCAGUACCAACAUUGCAGUUGAUAGUAGCACUUAGUUAAGAGUAGAGUCUACAUGGUAAUUAGAUCUUAAAUGAAAUGUACGGAUAUUUAGUCCCUGUACUAUUCUGAUAUUGCGCCUUGGUCUCUGUACAAUCACUAUGUCAAAAUUUGAGGAUUAGACGUAUUUAAGUAGAACGUUCAGGGACUAAUUCGCAAUAUGGUCACAGUUUCUUGUGUUGUGCCCGUGUGUUAAUUCAGUGAUGUUUUUAAAAUGGAGUGAACAGUAGUAGUGUUAAUUAGUAGAGUUCUAUAAGUGUGAGGGAUUGCCUUGUAAUUUGGAUGGGGGAAUCUUAAUUAAUGUGCUUGUUAAUUAA